AUGGUUCAGGAUAUCGCGGUGGAUGCUACGGUCGACGAAGGUCCUUGGGAAGAGAUCGAAGAAGUCGUGAAGCUGCUGCCGGUGGUGGGAAGGAGCCAGGAGCCAGUCGCGACAGCAGGGUUGAGACGAAGUGCGAGGCAGCAAGCAGCGAUGGACGGCCAGCAGAGGGCCAGCAGACUGGCGUACAAAGGCGACGAAAUGGGAAUCCGAUAUCGCAAG